AUGUCAACCUCACGGCUAUACGUACGAUCAGAAUACAGAGAGGAUUCAAGGUCACGAAAAACAACACUUAUCAUCGGCAUUGUCUGUGGCAUACUCGCUAUUGCCUUCUUUACAGCAUUCUGGUUGUGCGGACGUCGGAGAGCCGAGCAACAAGUCCAACACGACGCUGAAGUCGCGCGAGCGGAGCACCGACGGGUGAACGGAGGAUGGUGGGGCAGGGAGAUAUCCGAAGAGACUACAGUAGAGAGGCGGAUGAGGAUGGUUAGGGAACGGAGAGAAGGGAUUGAGAGAAGCGCAAGGGGGGGAGAAGAGACAGGAGGUGGCGAGCCAGCGCCACCCAUGUACCAGCUACCGGCUCCGACUUAUCCUUCCACGCCGGAGAUGAGAAGACAAUGGCUAAUGGCAAAUCGACCGUCACCCAACCUGCCAUUAGCGCCUAUCGACGCACCCCCCGCGUAUGAUUCACCCGCAGUUUGGCCCACCAGGAGCUGA